AUGGUACAUUCCUGUUGUGUUAUAAACUGUACAGCAAGGUGGAGUGGCGACAAAGGUUUCUUUCGUUUACCGUCGGAAAACGACAAAGAAAGACGAAAAAAGUGGCUCAGAAAUAUACGGCGAGCAGAUCCAGAGGACCCUCGGAAGCCAUGGAUCCCCUGCAACACUGAUCGAGUUUGCAAAAAUCAUUUCGUUACUGGUAAGCUUAUCUGUGUUAAAUGAAAACGUUUUGAUUUGAAUUCCUAUGUAUUUUGAUUUUCUUAUUCUUAGCGUUUUUUUGUAAUUAACCUUCAGUUUUCAACUGUAUUUUUGUGAAGGUGCGCCCAGUAAGGAUCAACGACAUCCUGAUUAUACCCCGAAUUUGAAUAUGGGUUACACAUCAACAGAGAAACUGGAAGACAAAUUAAAAAAAAUAAAACGUUUAGAAAGAUUCCAAAACAGACAAUCUCUUAAUACAGCUUCAAAUUCUGUUCCUUCUUCUACUGCUGAGCCAAUGGAUGUUGAAAACCCCUUUGAAGAAGCUAGCUGCCAACAGGUAAGUUUAAAUCAAUUUCCUUUUGCUUCGUUUACUGUGAACAAGAAUUUCUCGUGCAUUACGUGUGAGCGUAUGAUUUGACCUUUCAUUUGCUUUUAUCAUAGUAAUUGUUAUCUUUUUAUUUCCAUAUGAUUACUUUUUAGGCUGUGAUAAUAACUGAACCCCCCGUAGAUGUCCAAGAAGAAGCAUGUGCUUCCCCUCUUGACAGUGGAGAUGGAAGAGAUGAACUGUUAAAGAGGCAAGCUAUAUACUUUAACCAGAAGUGUGUACAGCUCAUCAAGGAGAAGAAAGAGAUUGAGGAAGAACUACAAAAAGCUUCAUUCACAGUCAUGAAUCUCAGUAAAAAGCAACUUAAAUUUUACACAGGUAUGAAUUGUCUUUUUCUCUGACUCUUAUUCAGAGUUACUAAAGCUUUAAACGAAUAUGAUGUGCUGUAUUCAAGAGAUUACUGACAAAAAUCUGUGUGCAUGGUGUUUCAAACCUGAAAAUGUGGAAAUAAUGUCAGUGGCUACUGGCAUGGGAAGGCACCUAUUGCAGUGUUGCAAAAUAUAAUAUAUUUUUUUUAACUUUACUUACCCCUAACAAUUUCUCUAGGAAAUUCUAAGAAGUGAACCAUGCAAUAGAAACCUAUAGAUAUUCCUGUCACAAAAUGCGAUUGAAACAAAAUAUGUUUUAAAAAGUGUGCACAUAUCUCAAGGUUGUGUUUAUUAUUAUUUUUUAAUAUUGGAGAUGCUGUAAAAAUUGUUCCAUUCACUACUAAACCAGAUUUUUUGUUGAACUGAAAGUACCGUAAGCUGUAAAAAAGACACUGGCUAUCCAUAAACUAGCGCCUACGUAGAAGAAAGAUACGUUUUGAGCCGUUUUAUACUAAAAGAUAUGUCAAGAUUGUGGAGCAAGAGCCCCAAGCUGUUCUAUUUAAUUAGCAAGUAAUAUUAAUUUCCAGGAGUUAGAAGCUGGUCAAUAUUUCACUGGAUUGUGAGGAUUGUGUCAGGGGGUUAUCAGUUUCCAACCGUUUGUAAGAAGUUAAAACCCGAUGAUAAGGUGUUGAUGAUCUUGAUGAAACUACGUCUUGGCUUGCAAAACAAAGAUUUGGCUUAUAGGUAAGUUAAUUACCCCUAUAAUGAAGCUUCAUAACAUGGUGACAGUGCUCAGUGCUUUGGACAGGGCACUUUCAUAUUAAAAGGGGGACUUAUCAGAGGCUAAGGGCUUAACGGAAUGUAUGCAAAAAGCCAGUCCAUGAGCAUUAAAAAUUGAACAUGCUUGAAAGUGGAUGCCCUUUUUUUGGAACUUGUGGAGGACUCUGUUUAUACAAUCUCCUAAUAAUUCAAAACAAAACUGACGUUCUUCUCCUUUCCAAUUAAACACUGUAAUAUUUUUUACCCCUGAUAUAUUGAACCUCCUCAAAAUAGAAACCAAUUUCCUUUUCUCCAGGAGGUUCUAAACAUCAGGAUUUACUGUAUUCUAGACUGAAAGAAAUGUUGGGGUUGUACAUCUGUUCAACAGGUUUGGUGUAACAGAAGACCAAGUGAACAAGAUUAUUAAAAAAGGAGUUAAAGUGAUGGCAAAAGCCUUGAGGUUUUUAAUAGUGUGGCCUGACAAAGAGGCCACCAUUAGGAAUAUGCCCAAGGUCUUUAAACGUUCCAUAUCUUAUCAGAAGACCAGAGUCAUUAUUGAUUGUUCAGAGAUUUUUAUCAAGCGGCCCACAAAUUUACUGGCCAGAAAUAUCACUUAUUCCAAUUACAAGCACCACAAUACAAUGAAGUUUCUGGUAGGGAUUACACCAUGUGGUGCAGUGUCCUUCCUUUCAAAAUGCUGGGGUGGUCGUGUGUCCGAUAAGGAGUUGACUUUGAACAGUGGAUUCUUGGAUCAUCUUGAAUAUGGUGACCAGGUAAUUUCUUCUUGCUCUAUCUUAACAACUUUGUUGUCUACAGUAUUUGCUUUUGUCUUGGCUAUUUCAAUGGAAAC